AUGCCAAGAGAUACAUCAGGUCCAAGCCGAACAAUAUGUCGAUAUUUUGUCAACGGUUGUUGUACUCAGGGUGAUCGAUGCUCUUACUCACAUGACAGGGAUAGUCCGGCAGAUCUCGUUUGUAGGUAUUAUUUACGUGGCAGUUGUUCUUAUGGCACAGCCUGCAGAUAUGACCACGUCCGUCCUAAAAAUGAUGCUGGAGCUAAUGUGGCGAAUGGUACCCUAUCGACGCCAAAAUCCUCUUCCAUACCUAAACCAGUGAAAUUACCGAAACCUGGCCUUAAUACGAAUGCUGAAGAGUUUAUACCAUCUUGGAAACGUUCAGCGCCCGGAACAUCGUAUGCUGCUGCUGCAGGUGCGAUUGAAAGUGAAGGUGCUGCGCUACCACUGUGUCCCUACUUCGAAGUAGGGGAUUGUAACAAUGAGAAAUGCCAGUUCGUGCACGGUCUUGUAUGUGAUAUGUGUUCGCGCGCCUGUAUCCAUCCGUAUGAUGAAAAGCAACAAAAACAGCACUUUGCUGAGUGUUUGCAGCAGCAUGAGAUGGCAAUGGAACAAGCUUUUGCUGAAGCGAAAAGUAUAGGGAAAUGCUGUGGAAUUUGUAUGGAGAACAUUAUGGAGAAGGCCCUGCGCUUUGGUAUACUGGAGGGAUGUCGUCACUGCUUUUGUUUGGACUGCAUUCGAGAGUGGAGACGUAAUCAAAGCUUUGAGACGGAUGUUGUACGAUCGUGUCCUGAAUGUCGCCAACAUAGCAAUUUUGUUAUACCAUCUACGUUAUGGGUUGAAGAUGACGAAGAGAAGCAAAUAUUGUGCGAAGUGUACCGUAACAAUAUGGCUCAGAAGCAGUGCAAAUACUACAAGGUUAGUCAUGCUGUGAGAUCUGUGCGGAAGGUUUGUCUGCAGAAGGCUGUCCCUUUUGGAAACAAGUGCUUCUACAAGCAUCAACUCCCCGACGGGUCCAUAGACCCAGGAGAAGAACCGCAUGCAAGGAGAAAACCUUAUCUCGCGGAUUUUAUUUUCAACAGGUCAGGGACAGAUUCAAAUGAUGACGAAGCUCUGGACGAAAUAACAAUAGACUUAUUAGAUAAUGACUCAUAUUUGAGAAAUUUCUUCAUGAGGCUACACCUUGAGCGUCGAUAG